UUGAAACAGGAAACCAGUAAAACACGUCUCUAUGGUAACGGUUGCAACUGCAACUGGAUAAGCUAGUUAGCAACGGCGUGCCUUCUUUUACGUCCUUUAUUUUGUUGUAGCCAUAAUAUUAACUCGGCAUGGAGGGGUCUGAUACAUACCUCAUACGACCUAAUCAUCAGCACAAGUUUAAGCCAGCCAUUGUGAAGGAGUGCAUUCGAGAAAUUGUGAGGGAGCGACUGUCUGGGAUGCAGUACGACCCGGAGGAGGUCCCAGAGCUGUCCCGUUCACUGGCAGACUGCAUUAAAGACAAAGUGAAAAACUCAGGAUUUGAGAGAUAUAAACUUGUCGUGCAGGUGGUCAUUGGAGAACAACGGGGACAGGGAGUCAAGAUGUCUUCCAGGUGUUUGUGGGAUUCUGACACUGACAGCUAUGCAGAAGAUGUUUUCAUGAACGACAGCUUAUUCUGUGUGGUGGCAGUUUUCGGAAGCUAUUAUUACUGACGACGAGGGGAUGGAUAACAGAAUUCUUUCAGAUGAAAAGACUUGAGGUGAAUUUCCAAACUAAGACUGCUCACCAUCAGCAUUUCAGGUCUACGUGUGUUGAUCUGAAGUAACUGGGUGUGUAUCCGCUGCACAAAAUAUAGUGACUUUAAAAUGAAGGAUUUCACCAGGAUUUUCUGUCUUGGCAAGAUGAUUAUUAAAGACUGGCAACGGCUAUCAUGCCAUACCGCGAAACAUGGCAAUUUUGACUCCUUAAAUCCCAAACAGGUACAGUACUACGUGUAGUUGUCCUACACUUUGGAUGCUUGACUUAGCACAGCAGCUACAGUAGAGGUCAGUAUUUGUCUUGAUUGUCAGCAUCAUAACAGGGAAAACUAUAUACAUAUACAGUAAUUGUACAGAACACCUUACUAAACUUUUCUGUUAAGUGCAUCACCACCUUUAUGAUCAUUGACUAAAUUCUGCUCACCUCUGUACACACUGCUACCUCUUCAUUUCUCUAUGACUGAAGUCCCUAUCAACAAUAUACAAUAAUAUUUAUCAGCCCAUACUUUGAGUUUGAUACUACUAUGGUCAUCCUAUCCAGCAUUUUACACAAAUGUAACACAGACGUUAUGUAGCUUGGCAUGUCGAAGA